AUGCAGCUGAACAGACCUCGUAGCGCCCUGCUGGGGUUCAGCCUUCCUCCUCCUCCUCCACCUCCUCUUCCUCCUCCCACCUUCUCCAGUCAGUUCGGCACCAUGAGGUUCUCCUACCACCUGAGCAGCAGCGCCACCUGCAGGACAGGUCCCUCCUCCUCCUCCAGUCCCAGCUUGCUGACGAAGGGUCUCUCUCUGGAGCCUCCAUGUUCCCCCUGCGGCCUCCAGGGGACGCUGGACGCCGACUCCGAUGCUGACACUCCCCAGCAACCGAGCUCCGACCCGGGGCCGACCUCCUGCCUAUCGGGCCCCGCCUCCCUCGAUGGAGGGGCUCCGCUAACAGAGCGCCGCGGCUCCGCCAACGGGCUGCUGCUGGUCAACGACACGGGGCCGCCGGAGCUGCUGCCUGCCACGAUAACACCACCGAGCAAGACCAGACCGCCGCUGCCUGGACCGAAACCUCAGGUCCCACCGAAGCCCCCCCAUCUGCAGCAGCAGGCAGGUGUGCCGAGGCUCCGCCCCCGUGCUCCAGACAAGCCCCUCCCCCCUCCUCCGCCCUGCAGACCCCUCCCAGCAGACCCCAGAGGAGGCGUCCGGACUCCGCCUAACCGUGCAGAUGGCACCGCUUCCCCCAGCUGCGUCCUGUCGCUCAUCGAGAAGUUUGAGCGCGAGCAGAUCAUCGUGGUUCCUGACAUCACCGGGGGGUCGUUGUGUCCCCGCCUCCCCGACCCCUCCUCCUCACUUUCUUCCUCACGACCUUCCUCACCACCAUCAUCAUCGUCGCCUGCCCCUCCCCCGACUGGUGAGGAGCCACUCUCUGAGAUCAAAGGUCAUGAUGACAUCACAGUGGGGGGUGAAGGGGAGGGGGAGGAAGCAGAGGUCGACCUACGUGAAGAGGAUGAUGACGACGAUGAUGAUGAAGAGCUGGCGGCGGCGUGCCGUGAUGAUCUCCAUCAGAAGCGUCUCUCCAUGGAGUCCGGCUACAGCGCCUCAGAGAAACACCUGGAGGACGAGGUGGUUGCCGUGGAGAUGAGGGAGCAACAGCCACUGCCGCCGCCGCUACUUCACGACCAAUCAGAGAUCCCCUCGGAGCGUCUGUCCCUCCCCUCCUCGCAGACGGACGGGAAACUGGCCAAUCGGGACAGCGGGAUCGACAGCAUCAGCUCGCCGUCGCACAGCGAAGAGCUCUGCUUCGCCGGCGUGGACGACGGAGGUGUGGCGUAUCCGUGCAGCCCCGCCCUCCUGCCCCGCCUCUCAAGCUCGUCCUCAUACGCUGGCGAGGGAGGGGAGGGCGAGGGUGAGGAGGGGGAGGCGCACGUAAGAGUGAGGAGGAGGAGGGAUUUCUCUGAAGAUGGAGACAGUGACCUGGAGGAGGAGGAGGAGGCGGAGCUGACUCUGGUGCUGCCGCCGCCAACGAAGACGGACAGACAGGACUCUAGUGAGCUGUCCGUCCAGCAGAGAGUCUUCAACAUCGCCAAUGAGCUGCUGCACACAGAGAUCGCCUACGUCUCUAAACUCCACCUUCUCGACCAGGUUUUCUGUGCCAGACUCCUGGAGGAGGCGCGGUCUCGCUCCUCCUUCCCCUGUGACGUCGUCCAGGGAAUCUUCUCCAACAUUUACUCCAUCUACUGUUUCCAUCAGCAGUUCCUGCUGCCGGCGCUGCAAAAACGGAUGGAGGAGUGGGACUCAAACCCGCGUAUCGGCGACAUCCUGCAGAAGCUAGCUCCUUUCCUGAAGAUGUACGGCGAGUAUGUGAAGAACUUCGACCGAGCCAUGGAGCUGCUGAACAUCUGGAUGGAGCGAUCGGCUCAGUUCAAGAGCAUCAUCCAGGAGAUCCAGAGGGAGGAGCGCUGCGGUAAUCUCACUCUGCAGCAUCACAUGCUGGAGCCGGUUCAGAGGAUUCCUCGUUACGAGCUACUGCUCAAAGAUUAUCUACACCGACUGCCAGAGGACGCCCCCGACUACAGGGACGCCCAGAAGUCUUUGGAGCUCAUCGCCACCGCAGCUGAACACUCCAACGCUGCCAUCAGGAAGAUGGAGCGAAUGAGGAAGCUGCUGAAGGUGUACGAGUUGUUGGGAGGAGAAGAAGACAUCGUUAACCCGACUAACGAGCUCAUUAAAGAGGGACACAUCCUCAAACUGUCCAAUAAGAACGGGACCACGCAGGACAGAUACCUCAUCCUGUUUAACGACAGGUUGUUGUACUGCGUCCCCAAGCUGCGCCUGAUCGGGCAGAAAUACGGAGUCCGUGCUCGCAUCGACGUGGACGGCAUGGAGCUGAAGGAGACCAGCAGUGUCGCAGUUCCCCGAACGUUCCUGGUGUCUGGAAAACAGAGAUCCCUGGAACUGCAGGCCAGGACGGAGGAGGAGAAGAAAGACUGGAUCCAGGCCAUCCAGGCGACCAUCCAGAGACACGAGCAGACGGUGGAGAGCUUCAGACAUCUGACCUGUUCGCUACGAGACGAUGAGUCCACACCGCCUCACUCCCCGAGCUGUGUGGAGUUGGGGAAGCGAGCUCCGACUCCGAUCAGAGAGAAGGAAGUCACUCUGUGUAUGAAAUGUCAGGAGCCGUUCAACUCCAUCACCAAGAGACGACACCACUGUAAAGCCUGUGGACACGUGGUUUGUGGGAAAUGUUCGGAGUUUCGUGCUCGUCUUUCGUACGACAACAACCGAACCAACCGUGUCUGUGUGGACUGCUACGCCACGCUGGUGGGAGUGUUGCCCUCGCCCGCCAUGCUGACCAGCAGCACCCAGAGGAGGCGCUCCAUCCUGGAGAAACAGGCCUCGUUGGCAGCAGAGAACAGUGUGAUUUGUAGUUUUCUUCACCACAUGGAGAAAGGAGGAGGCCGGGGCUGGCAGAAGGCCUGGUUUGUUAUUCCCGAAAAUGAGCCGUUGGUGCUCUACAUCUACGGAGCUCCACAGGAUGUGAAGGCGCAGCGCAGCGUGCCCCUGAUUGGCUUUGAGGUCUCCCUCCCUGAAUCAUGUGACCGCCUGGAGCGACGCCACGCCUUCAAGAUCUCCCAGAGUCACCUGACCCUCUACUUCAGCGCCGAUGGGGAGGAGCUUCAGCGGCGGUGGAUAGACGUCUUGUCGAGGGCCGGGAGGGGGGAGGAGCUUCAGAUCCACCGACCAAUCGCGGAGAGUCUAGAGGAGGAGGGGGAGGAGCAGCUAGCAGAGGAGGAGAACACGUGA